AUGUCCGGGCGCGAGGGGUACGCAAACUUGACGUGCUCGAAUUCGAUCUCUCCUCUUAAAUUGGGUAAUAUUGUCCCGUUUGAGUUCUCGGCGUCGAUUAGUGGGGCUCGGCUAAUUGUGUCGAGUAUUCUCGAUGCUGCGAGUGAUGCCUCUGUGAAGUGCUUCAGUUCUGGUAGAGCCACUCCUAAAGCUCUGGUGGCUCCCGUACCAAGCGAGCAGAGCCCAUAUCGCGAAAGAAAUUCCGGUGCUUCCAAUGGCGAGACCUUUUGCAAUGCCCUGUUUAAUCCCGAGCUUUUCGGCUCGGCAUAG